AUGAACGAGGUGAAGGAGUCCCUGCGCAGCACGGAGCAGAAGUACAAGCUCUUCCAGCAGCAGCAGUUCACCUUCAUCGCCGCCCUGGAGCACUGCAGAGAGAACGCCCACGACAAGAUCCGGCCCAUCAGCAGCAUCGAGCAGGUGCAGAGCUACAUGGAUCACUACUGCAACAACUCCACCGAUCGGCGGAUUCUGCUCAUGUUCUUGGACAUCUGCUCCGAGCUGAGCAGGCUCUGCCAGCACUUUGAGGCCCUGCACUCUGGCACCCCGGUCACCAACAACCUCCUCGAGAAAUGCAAAACCCUCGUUAGCCAAAGCAAUGACUUAAGCACCCUGAGAGCAAAAUACCCCCACGACGUGGUGAACCAUCUCAGCUGUGAUGAGGCCAGGAACCACUAUGGAGGAGUGGUCAGCCUUAUCCCCAUCAUCCUGGAUUUAAUGAAAGAAUGGAUCGCCCACUCAGAGAAGCUGCCCCGCAAAGUGAUGCAGCAUGUGAGUGAGCCCCAGGCACACCACGGAGCCAGCGGGAGAGCCACUCGUCCUGCCCAGGCCACAGGCACCCAGCCUUGGUCCAGAAAACACAAGUGUAGGCAACUCACAAAAGACAGGGGGAAAGACAAAGGAUGUUCCAAACCUCCCUGGAGACCGCCUCGUGGGAAACUGUAA